AUGGCCAAGGACGGAGAUGCGCCAGCAAUUCCGCCCGCAGCAGUCAUUGUACUGUGCUUGCUCGGUGCUGGCGCCUUGCUCUUGUGCUGCUAUGCCCUCUUCCGGCACUUCUUCGAGCCCAGCCCGCAACCAACACCGCAAGGCAACAUCAAUCCCGAAGACGGCAUGACUCAAGCGCAAUACAUGCGAAUCGUUCGACUUCGCAAUCAAGAAAGCCUGCAAGCCAAGUAUGGUUAUCAUAGCAGAUAUCCCGAGCGAUAUCAUUCCACCGCUAUGACGCAGUCGUCUAUUAUGUCCGUCUGA